GUGUCCGAGAUAUUCAUGCCAGACUUCAGUCUGCUGAACUUCGAUUCGGACGUCGCUCUCCUGAAGAUGGAGGUCCCGGCGCUGCUCACCUCGCAGGUCCAGCUGGUCUGCCUCCCGGCCCGGUUCGACGACUCCAAGCUCGAAAACGGGACGAGAGGAUGGGUGGCUGGCUGGGGCCUGAACGGCUCCAAUAAGCGAGACGCCACCCUGACCCAAGUGGAGCUCCCGGUUAUAUCGAACAAAGACUGCAGCCGAGAAAUGAUCAUCGUGUCCCGAGACCACCCAAUGACUCUCAACUAG